GCUCUGUGAUGAAACAGGUUGUGAAAUGGGAUAUCGCACCUCCCAUUUACUCUAAUAAUAUACUUUAUACGCGUAUUAAACAUGAACCGGGAUUUCAGAAUACAAGUCUGCCAAAAUAAUAAAAUAAUAAAAAAGUUUCUAUUAAAACAGGACAGCAGGUUUGAUCUUCAGGGGGUUCACGUCAAAGGUUAAUGAGCUGCUCCUGAGAGGCUGGCCCCUGUGAACUCAUCCGUCACAGCGAGCGCUCAGGGAAAUGAACUGGUUAAUGGAAUGAAAACAGGGCGAGGAUGUGACAAGUGAUCAGCGUUUCUCAGUCGACUGGACGUGGAAAUGAGGCCGGCGUUUGAGUGGUUUAGUUUGAAAAGAAAGAGAGCAAACCUGAGAUUAAAGUCAGAGGAGAGUGUUUGGAAAUGUUAAUUAUUGAUCUGCACUAAUGCACACACAUGUACCCCUACAACCCUUUUCUUUUUAGGCCUGUCAGCUGUUUUAAAUUUAAUUAUCCUCUCAUCCUCCAAUUAUAGCAGCCCUAAAUGUAUGCUCAAACAUAUGUAGGACAAACAAGUAAAACGGAACUACCAGACAUGCAUACAUACUGCCCUUUGACCGCUAUAUAUUGGCAUGACAGUUAUAAAGAUGAGCAGAAGCGGAGGUUGUUUUCAAGUAGCAACAUGGAUCCCAGGACGCUGACAUCGCAUGCAGCUUUAACUUUGUUGAUCCUCAUUGUUGGCAGCAAUGGACACAUCAAGAAAGAUCUGAGAAUGGAUCAGGCCGUGCUCACGUUUCACAACCAGCUCAAAGAAGAAGUGCAGGUUUUCUACACGUCAGACUACUGCCACAAGUGUGUGUACCAGCAUUUGGCCACAGUGAAACCCAGCAACAAGAACACAUCUACAGUAAUUAGCACUAAAUUCACCCUGAGUGUGCGAGUGGAAUCACAAAGCAGGAAUUCAACCCUUUGCAGCUGGAGUCGGACAUAUAGGGAAGGCGGCCAUUACUGUAUUUGGCUCCAGACGUUAGACGGCUCCACUGAACCCACCUGCAGCCACACUCUGAAUAAAAGCCCAAACAACACGUACCUGCCCCUUCUGGUGGCAGCUCUCCUACUGGCGGUAAUUGCUCUCUUAAUCGUGGUUGUACCAUACGUCUACAGGAGACGUUGUACAUCACCUUUUCUUAGGACCAUUUUCUGCCGAGGUCCGCAGUACUCGGUGGAUAAUGACGGUGCACAUGCUAAUGAAACAGGACAGAGCACCGCUAAAGCCAAACCCACACGUCUGCGCUCCCUGGACACUUUCCGAGGGUUUGCGCUGACGGUGAUGGUGUUUGUGAACUACGGAGGAGGAGGCUACUGGUUCUUCCAACACGCACCUUGGAACGGUCUAACUGUGGCAGAUCUUGUCAUGCCAUGGUUCGUGUUUAUAAUCGGGACGUCGGUGGUUUUGGCUUUCCGGUCCAUGCAGAGGAAAGAAGUGAGUCGCCUGCAGCUGCUGCGAAAGUUCUCCUGGAGAACGGCCGUCCUGUUCCUGCUCGGCUUCUGUUUUAUCAACUACUCCCCAAGGGACGGACCACUGUCCUGGUCUUGGCUGAGGGUCCCUGGAGUGCUGCAGCGCCUGGGCUUCACCUACUUUGUUCUGUCUCUCCUGCAGACUUUCUGGGGCCAGAAAGAAAUCCCUCUGAAAGCAUAUCACUGGUGGAACCCGGUCCAGGAUGUCGUCCUUUAUUGGCCACAGUGGCUGAUCAUCAUCCUGCUGGAGACUUUGUGGCUGUGCAUCACUUUCCUCAUGCCGGUACCCAACUGCCCCACAGGGUAUUUAGGAGCUGGUGGAAUUGGUGAUCACGGUCUUUACCCGAACUGCACUGGAGGUGCUGCAGGAUACAUUGAUAGAAGGAUGUUUGGUGAUAACAUGUACAGGUACCCCACGUGCAAAGAAAUGUAUCACACCACGCAGCCCUUUGACCCAGAGGGGGUCCUGGGUACAAUCAACUCCAUUGUCAUGGGAUUUCUGGGGAUGCAGGCGGGGAAAAUCCUCAUUUUCUACAAAGGGACAAACAUCCGCAUACUCUGUCGAUUCCUGGUGUGGGCCGUCAUCCUGGGAAUCUCUGCAGCCAUCCUUACUAAGUGCACGCGAGACGGAGGAUUUAUACCUGUCAAUAAAAACCUUUGGUCAUUGUCCUUUGUGAUGUGCACGGGCUGUUUCUCCUUUGUGCUGCUGGGAGCCAUGUAUCUUGUCAUCGAUGUCAAGGACUGGUGGGGCGGACAGCCCUUCAUAUACCCAGGGAUGAACUCCAUCUUUGUAUAUGUUGGCCACUCUCUCCUGGGCUUCUACUUCCCUUUCAGCUGGGAGAUGCAUUUCCAGGACAGUCACUGGGAGUGGCUCUUUCAAAGCCUGUGGGGGACCACACUGUGGGUGCUCGCUGCCUACUUUCUCUACUGGAAGAAAUUCUUUCUCAAAAUAUAAGCAGCACUUUAUCAUUUUUAACGUUUUUAUUGAA